ACGCGACCCUGAAGUUUGGUCCUACGCCUGGCAGCUGGCCCUGGCCUCAGAGGCGGCUUCGUACCGCGAGCAGCGGCGCUUGUACAUCGCGCGGUUGUUGGAGCGGAUCGAACCAAGGGAGAUUGGCGAGUUCGAAUAUUCCAAUGAUGGCUUUAGUCUUGCCAGUGUGAUGAUCGAAACCUUACUGGAUGUGCCUUGGGAGGACUUGAUGAGGCGCGAGCUGUUCCUUCCGCUGCGCAUGUCCUCGGCCGGCUUCGGAGCGCCGCCAGAGAUCUGGGGCACCAAAGGAGACGGCGAGGCCGUUGAGGUCAUGGAUCCCAGGAAACCAGGUGCUGACAAUCCAUGGGCAAUAGCGGCGGCAGGAGGCGUGCACUGUUCCCUGGAGGAUGCUGGUCGCUACAUGGCCGUGCACCUCUCAGCCCAGAGGGCGGCAGUGCUGGGCUUGUCCCCUGAGAGCUGGCGCAGACUUCACCAAGUCCCCACCGUCGGCGUCCCCGGCAGCGCUGGAUAUGCCCAGGGAUGGAUCGUGCGGAGUGGAGCCGACGGUGGCGACAGCUACAGCCUGGAACAUGAUGGGAGCAACACCUGGAACUAUAUGAGAAUGAAACUCUUGCCGUCGCAGGGUCUGGCUGUGGUGGUGACGCUGAACACGGGCAUCAGCGCGGCCCAAAUAGCAGGCGAGCUGUCGGAGCAAGUGCUAGAGAUGACCUUUGAAAGCGAUGAGCCAUGGGCCAUGGAUUAUGACAUCGAAUUCACUGGUCAUCAUUAAGGGCUUGUAAUGGUGUAGCUUUUUUGUCUGC